AGACGAGUCUUUUUCAUCAUUUUCGUAUCAAGAUGAUCAGGCUAUACCACGUUCUCGUAGGACUUUGCGGUCGUGUAACUGUAUUCUGAAUCGUCUAAAGAUGAACUUCCUCAAAUCUUACCACCGCUGCUCCGACCUCCACAGUUUCCAGCACGGUUACCAAGAACGAGAUCGCCUCCACAAUAACUGCUGCGGAGCUUGUGUACUGCUUUACGACUUCGAUGGAGAGCUGAACGCCAAUUCUGGUCGUUGUUCGUCUGCAAUUUCAUGUCCUAAUUUAAUGCGGUCUGUAUCGCACGUUGUAGACAGAACUCAUUGAGGUAGGUAGACACACAGAUUAUUACAACAGCAUUCAUUUUCAAUCUGAAUCAUGUAAAACAAUCAAUGCUUACCAUCGUUAGUCGAGCCUAAAUCUAAAUCAUCUUCAUCCCAUAACUACAGCCCCGGAACCGUUCCCUACGUCGAUCAGCUGUAAGAGCAUUUGGCGGUGGAGGCGGUGCUACCACCUCUGUGUCCAUGACCUGGUCCGGCGUUCUUUUCGGCCAUCCGCUUGUGCUCGCGGUUGGUGGCGCUAGCGGUACCUUCACCGUACAGUCCGCCACCGCGGCUGCCAGCGACAGCGCCAAGAACUUGAUGGUCGCGGCCAACGACAGCAUCUUGGCCACCUUUUCUGUGACCUGCGCAAUCGUCUUCCAGUUGACCACCGAUUUCACCGGAACCAACUUCUCGAGCUAUAAGUUUCGUGUCCACCACCACCUGCACGGUCACCGCUGCGCCAGCCGCCGCAGCGGCUUCCAUCGCCAGUAGCCUGUCCACGAUCUUCCCGGCGGUCUCUGCCAUCGUCGCCAACAUGCUCUUCAUGCUCGAAGUCGGUCUUGCUUAUCCGAUGUGGAUUGAAGAGUUCUGUCAGAAGGGGAAGAUGAUUAAAGAAGGGGAAUGUACAGGAGAAUGUUCAGCAGAAGUACCUUAAAAAGCGACCUUUUCUUUACGUCGGGAGGGGAUGGACACACAAUGAGUACAAACAUGGGCUCUUUUCUUGGGGGAAUUUUAGAUUGAAGUAGAUGCGUAGUUUGCUAACUCUCUAAAUCUACUUGCUUGGCACGGGAGAUAUUCCUUUGGUCUAAAUUCCUAAGAUCCUUCCUUACGCUUUACAUCAGUAUCGUCUUGUUGUCGCUGUUAGCCUUGGCGACUUUAUGCAUUUUAACCAGAUGCUUUCGAGGUUAGACGUACGUUUGCUCUCAGCUACUGCCUAGACGUUUGAACAUCAUCAUCAUGGUUUCUACUCUUGAAUUUAUCGAAAUAGCAGGCGUGCGCAUACUUUCAUUGGUAACCUUCUUGGCUACUUGAUCUGAUCAUGUUCUUGGCCACGGAUGAAGACGACCGGAAGUAGAGGAUUUCAUCACGAUAUAUGCUUCUGCUCUCGGUCAUCUCGGAUCGGCCAUACCAAACAUAAUCAUAAGUAAUAUUUAGAUCAUUAUAUUCUUCAGAGCCCUACGAGAAGCCGAUGUGGCUUAGGCGCCCUCACAGACAGCACUUAUUUGCAUUCGAUUGUCACCCAUGCAUUUCCUGAACUGGAGCCAGAAGCUGUAUGAGCUUUCUGCACACGAAGAAAGUUCUGCUCUUCGCUCUACUCAGGUUCAACUUCUCUGGCUCAUGUUGCUUCGACGUCUGAUUUUUACAUAGUGUAGGAGACAUGUAGUGGAAGAGUUCGACUUCUAUUCUUAGGAAUCCGGGGAGGUCUUUCUUUUUUGAGAGUAAAUACCAUACCAGCAUAUCUCACGGCGUGUAUAGAACGCUAUCCAUUCAUCGGCAAUAACAUCUAUUUGAGGAUCAUUUUGUGCAUUUUCGCGGUGGCUACUGAAGAUUAGUCGUUGAUUGACGUUAGGUAUCAUCCUCUUCCGGAUGCGCCUAUGUUACGGUAAAAGUGAAGUCUUGUUUCUAUAGUAUACUUUUUGAGCUUUUUUUGUUCGUUGUUUUAGCUUUACUAGGUUUAGUAGCCCCAAAUCUUCAGCAUCCUGAUCCUAUCCAGCGUACCUAGUCCAUUUGGAAGUCGGUAGUAACUGCAUUUCGAGACAGUGCCCUCGUAACUUGCCGAGAAGGACAGACAAGAGAUCAUCUUUGCCGAAGAUGUUUCUUCGCGUUCGAAUAGUGGCCACUAUCUCCGAAUGUUGAUGCAUCCAUUCUUGUCACGUUCGGUGCAUGCGGCAUCCAUACAACUUGCCCAUACAGCUCUGCAACAUCCGGCAUGUUUUGAAAGGCAGUCAGGGACGACUUGACACAUUGUGCAUGCAUGGUGGUGUUCCGAAGAUGGAUC